CCUCUCUCUCUCUAUGUCUCUAUCUUCAUUUCAAUAUUUUGAUUCUGUUUCUCAGAAGAUCAUCUAAAGAGAGGUAAAUCCUCAAAUUUAAAAAAUGGCAGAUAAACCCGUCCUUCAAAAACCACCAGGUUACAGAAACUCAAACAUGGCUACUCCUUCUCCUCCUCCACCCUCCAGACCCCAACCACCAAUGAGAAAACCCUCCGGAAUGCCUUCUUCCUCUUUCCGACCAAACCCAAAACGCAGCAAAAACUGCUGCCGCACCUGCUGCUGCUGCCUCUGCAUCUCCCUCCUCCUCCUCCUCUUCCUCCUCUUAAUCUCCACCGCCGUCUUCUACCUCUGGUUCGACCCCCACCUCCCCACCUUCAGCCUCGCCUCCUUCCGCCUCGACGGCUUCAAACUCUCCGACGACCCCGACGGCGCGUCUCUCUCCGCCACCGUCGUGGCCCGCGUCGAGAUGAGGAACCCCAACACCAAACUCGUUUUUUACUACGGAGACACCGCCGUGGAGACGAGCGUCGGCAACGGGAACGACGAGACGGGGAUGGGGGAGACGACGGUUGAGGGGUUCAGACAGGGGCCGAGGAACUCGACGAGCGUUAGAGUGGUGACGUCGGUGAAGAACCAGUUGUUGGAUGUAGGUUUGGCUAAGAGGUUGUCGGGGAAGUUUCGGAGUAAAGAUUUGGUGAUUAAUGUUGUGGCGAAGACGAGAGUUGGAGUUGGUGUUGGUGGGGUUAAGGUGGGAAUGCUCGCUGUUAAUUUGAGAUGUGGUGGUGUUAGUUUGAAUAAGCUUGAUACUGAUUCGCCUAAAUGCAUCAUCAAUACACUCAAAUGGGUGAAUAUACAGUAAUGAGUAACGAAGAAUUCGAAAAUGGUGGUGAUCUAAUCUGACAUUCGUAUAUGUAACUCUAUACUGUAGAUAAAUAUAUAUAUUUCUUUACUAUAUUCUAUUUUUCGUGUUUUAUAUAUUCAAUUUUUGGGUAUUUGACUACACUGAGGUGGAGUAUUUAGAGAGUGUUGUGUUAUUAUUGACCGUGCGU